GUUCAUUACGAGGAGUAAUCUGAACAGAAGUCUGUGCAAGGCACAUUUGGAAGCUUCCCAAGUGCUCUCACUGUUCCUACUCCAUUCCUGCUUCUUCUACAGCGAAAACGCGACCCCUCAAUCAGACGCGAUACACGGACAAUUUGGAGACUAGGGACGGCGGGCGAGCUGAUCAAGCAGAAUAGUCGGCUAUAUUUCCCUCGCCCGCACUUUGAACAUUGCCUGGACACCUGCGAACAUGUCAACUCCCUCUGAACCCCUCACGUCGUUCAAGGUCUUUCCCAAUCUGCCUUACGAGCUAAGAUGCAUGGUGUGGGAGGCAACUUGCUGGCCACGCAUUGUUGAGAUCGAAUACGAUGAGGAAGAUGGUUUUAUACCGAGGAACUGUGACCCAAUUGCCCUCAAGGUUUGCAAGGAAAGUCGAAAGCUCACUGAGCAGUCUUACCCACUGUGUUUCGGUUCGAUAUUCCACCCACCAAAGACGCGUUUCAAUUUCGCAAUUGAUACGCUUUUCAUUGGUAAUGAGAUCGAAGAAAGUGUUCCACAUUUCUUCAGUACUUUCGGUCCACUGGAAAUAUCGAGCUUGCAGGUCCUGGCUCUAGAGGACUGCUAUAACGAAACUACCCUACCCUUCGAGACCACCCUCACAAGCCAAUUACAAAAGAUGGUAUCGAAGUUCACUGCAUUGCGCGAACUACUCAUUGUCUACGAUGUUGCAGGAAUGACAGAUACGGCUUUGGAUUGUGCAGAUGGCCACGCUUUGGAAAUACACACCGAACUACCGUCCGAGCUGAAUCAUCCUUCGGUUAUGAUUGACCCUCUCCCCCAGGGCGAGGACGCGGAAACGCAUGGGUUCAAACUUUGGGGCGUUAAAACGUGUAAACCCGUCUAUGGAUGGAGACGAUGCCCUGGUGGAGUAUCGUUUUCGGAUCUGGAUUUGGACCUAGAGGAUGAUAUGUCUGAUGAGGAGAGCUUUGGCUUGUAUGGACCGUGGGGUGGACCUCCCCCUCCACUAGCUAUGGGUCUUGCAAGGAUGUUCGGUGGCCCUAUGGACUCCGACGAGGAAGACGAUAUGUUUGGGUAUGGUGAUGAUUUUGAUGAAGACGACGAGGAAGACUCGGAGGAACAUGACGACGAAGAUGAUGAAGUCGAUGAUGAUGCUGUCAGUGUCGAGUCUGUUGACUGAAGUCGGUGAUUCCCUGUGAUCGCGGGACUAACCUAUGAAUUGUGGAGUCAAGCCACCUAUUAUCGCACUCUGGAAUGGAAGACGGUCACUGUUAUGUACGGGAUCCUGUUGCUCAAUAACAUAUUGCGUCCGGAAAAUUACCCGAGGUACGAAAGGUUUCAGGUAAGCUCCAAGAAGAGGCGCAUUUAUUGCUACCUGGAGGGGGCAUUGACUCGAAGUUCCGAGCUACCUUCUUUUUCUUUCACUUCUCUGUUGAGUAUUAUUCAGGUAUUACCCUCGAUCGCAUGGCACUUCCAUUCAACAUUCCAAAGCUAAUUCCGACCAGGUUUCGUAGAUGUCAGAAAAGAACCCGAGGGUUAAGGACGUAGUGACCCCAUCUAACUACUGAGGAGGCCUCCUCGUGUGAUGCAAACUCACCUCGAAUGCAUCCUGGACGGCAAAUUUUGGGCUGCAAGUGAACCGACGUAGGGAAGGUAGCUGGCUGCUAAUUAGGUGGGCAUGUUUGCAUGGAGAAGUCCCACAUGUGGGCAUGUUAGUUUUGAUUGCAGCUGGUGGAAACCUCAUAAUAUCUCGGGACAAUACAGUGAUUAUAUUAUGAU